UUGACAAAGACAUGAGUGAAAUAAAUGCUUUGAAUGCAGUUUUCCCUGAGUCUGAUGUUCUGCUCUGCUGGUACCAUGUACUCCAAGCUGUUGUUCGAUGGUUGAUGAAGUCAGAUUCCGGCGUUUGUGGGCCUCACUCCUCAAAUACCCGGAGAGAAAUUCUAGAUUACUUCAAAAAAAUGAAAGCUUGUGCUAUGGUAAAGACUGACUUUGACAGAGUGGCUAAAGAAUUUCUGAAAGACUUUUCUCACUGUCAAGAGGUUUGCAAGUACUUCCAGAGGUACUGGGAACCAAUAAGUCACAGAUGGGCUGAUUAUGGACGUUGUUAUAACCAUGGGAAUUCAGAGACCAACAAUUUGAUAGAAAGAUUUUUCCAUCGACUGAAAUAUCAAUUCUUAUCUGGGAUAAGAAAUCGACGUUUAGAUGACUUGCUUGAUGUCCUCCUUUGCAAGACGGAGACUUACUUUCAGGUGAUAAAAAACUUGCAGUCAGCUGGAAGAAUGUCAAACUCUGUUGCCAUGAAGUUGGAGGAAACAUUUAACAAAGCAACAGGAAUGAUAGAAAAAGGGUGGUCUAACCACAUUACAAGAGAAUCAUCAGAAAUAUACAUGUACAAUGUACCAUCCGAACAAGACCCCUCACUUUCCUACAAGACCUGCCCUGCAGAGUGCUUCUGCAGUUGCCCUGUUGGUUUGAGAGGUCAAGUAUGCAAACAUUUGGUGUUGCUAGAUGUAGUCAAAGAUAAGGAUAAUGAUUCUUUCCCUGAACUUGCUCUUCAGCUAGAAGCUCACGCAAGAGCUUUACAAGACAAAGGUCACUUUAGUGUCUGUUGUGACAUAAAAAUGGAAAUCAGUGUGGAAAGCCUUUGUGAGAGAGGAACAUACCAUGCAUCUUUGAAAACAUUUUCUUGUACCUGUUGUACAUUCUCAUACCAUGAAAUUUGUCCCUGUCUUAUUUUAGCACAACAGCUGUUUGGUCUGACCAUUAAUGAAAAAAGGGGCUGUUCUGUCAAUCAAACUGAAACUGCUGAUUUGGAUUACAUGCAACAAGACAGCAGUUCAGACUUCCAGAAACUAGAAGACAUUCUUGAAACAGUCAAAAGAUGGCAGACUGUUCCAGAGAACAUCAAGCGGCAAAUAAAUGAUCUUUACGUUAACGUGCAACAAGAAGACAGAAGUCUUUUGUCAAAAAGGCACUGUACCAAUGACGCUUCAAGGAAGAUACGGCCACUCUUCCCACGCAAUGCAAAACACUGCAAAAAACUAAUAGCAUCAAGGACAAUCUGCAUUUCUGACACGAAUUCAGAAGGGUUCAAAAGAAAAACAAAAAGAAAAGCAAGAAAAUCCAAAGAACACAAAUAG